ACAGUGCACACCUUAAGUUCCUUUCCAUGGCUUAUCUAUGGAAAUGCGCCCCAUGAAAUGUCUAUUGCUGAUAGUACUCCGACUUGUAUGCCUGCUGCAGUUCCCACUAGCGACGCAGUCACAGAGCUAUUACGGCAAUGGUCUGGCCGACGUCUUGGAGAUAAUACGUCGUGGCCAGUACUACAUGGAUCUGGAGGCGCAGGACGAGAAAGCAAAGCCUCUGCGUGAAUAUGACUUCGUAGUGGUGGGUGCGGGUACAGGAGGAUGCACGCUAGCCGCACGACUCUCGGAGAAUCCCAAGUGGCAGGUGCUGCUGCUGGAGGCCGGGGGACCCGAAAGCUACAUUAUGGAUUUACCUAUUAUGGCACACUAUCUGCAGCUGGGCGAGAUGAACUGGAAGUACCGCACCGAGCCAUCGCCAUCCUAUUGCCUAGCCAUGAAGCAACAGCGCUGCAACUGGCCACGCGGUAAAGUAAUGGGUGGCAGCUCAGUGCUUAAUUACAUGAUGUACACCCGUGGCAAUAGGCGCGAUUUCGAUACGAAUUGGGCGGCUCAUGGCAAUCGAGGCUGGAGCUACGACGAAUUGCUGCCCUAUUUUCGUAAGUACGAGGGCUCACUUGUGCCGGACGCAGAUGCGGAUUAUGUGGGCCGCGGCGGUCCGGUUAAGGUCACAUACACUGAGACACGAACACGAGUCGCCGACGCUUUUGUGCGCGCCUCCGAACAGGCAGGGUUGCGUCAAGGCGACUACAACGGUCGCCGUCAGGUGGGCGUUUCCUACCUUCAAGCCACUUUGUUCAAUGAGACGCGCUGGAGUGCCAACCGCGCCUAUCUCUACCCACUCAAGGGUCGGCGACCCAACCUGCAUGUGUGGAAGCAUGCUCUAGUCACUAGGGUGCUUAUUGAUGCGGUUACCCGGCAAGCCCAGGGCGUAUUGGUGCGUUGGCGUGGCAACGAGACGCUGGUGCGCGCACGCAAAGAAGUAAUACUCUCGGCAGGCGCCAUCAAUACCCCACAGCUUCUGAUGCUGUCAGGUAUUGGGCCGGCCAAGCACCUUCGUCGCCAUGGCAUCAAGCCGCUAGCUGAUCUGGCCGUAGGAUUCAAUUUACAAGAUCAUGUGGCACCAGCUAUAACCGUACUGACAAAUGCCACAGUAUUGCAUGUUAAUGAUAUGCUGACCACAGAUCAGCUGGGCAACUAUUUGCGCGGACGUGGCCCAAUGCGCAUUCCAGGCGGUGUAGAGGCCAUUUCAUUCUAUGAACUUGACGCACCGCAGGACCCUGAUGGCUGGCCCGACAUGGAACUGUUCAUGGUCGGAGGUGCAUUUCACAUCAAUGUAGCGUUGCGGCUUGCCUUUGGACUGCGCGCUGACAUCUACGAGACAAUUUUUGGGGCCAUAGAGCGCAAAAAGGCCAACGGAUUUAUGAUCUUCCCCAUGAUAUUGCGCCCCAAAAGUCGUGGUCGCAUCAAGCUCAAAAGUCGCGAUCCCACGGCUCAUCCACUAAUAUACCCCAACUACUUUGCGGAUCCCUACGAUCUGGACAUCACCGUGCGAGGCAUUCAGCAGGCAGUGAAGCUUCUUCGUGAGCCCGCGAUGCGAGAAAUUGAUGCGCGACUACUGGAGACGCAGCUGCCCGCCUGUCGCCACCAUGGCUGGCAAACCACCGCUUACUGGGAAUGCCAUGCCCGACAUUUCACUUUCACCAUCUACCAUUAUGCGGGUACAGCCAAAAUGGGACCUGCCAGCGAUCGUAGCGCCGUUGUGGAUGACCGUUUACGUGUCCACGGCAUCAAAGGACUGCGUGUGGUAGAUGCAAGCAUUAUGCCUCAUCUGAUUGCCGGUCAUCCCAAUGGCCCUGUCUUCCUUAUAGCCGAGAAGGCAGCCGACAUGAUAAAAGAAGAUCACAACUUUGUAGCUAAGUAGUAGGUAGAAUAAUUCCAAUGCAGCAAGUCAAUAAAACUAUUUAGAUUUCGAAUA